AUGUUUUUAAGGUGUCUCUUGCUGUGUAUGACGAUUGGUCAGGUCCUCACCAACGAAUCUUGGAAGCGUCCGGGAUGCCACCGAAAAGGGCACUCACGCAUUGUCACUAUUCCGGACUGCGCGCCGUUCAAUAUCACCACCAACGCGUGUCUCGGCUUCUGCGAGUCGUGGUCGCUACCCAGCAUCAUGCUCGGCUUUAAACGGCAUCCUGUCACCUCACUAGGACAGUGCUGCAAUAUCAUGGAGUCCGAAGACGUGACGAUCACAGCGUUUUGUUUGGACGGCGAGCGAAAUUUGGUGUUCAAAUCGGCUCUAUCGUGCGCCUGCUACCACUGUCAGAAAGAAUAAACAUACAGUCUCUACUCAGCAAUAUAGAUGCAACACAUUAAAAAUGGCUAUUAUUAAAAAUGUCAGCCCCAUAUUCUAAAACCAGAUCACAGUAGAACGGAAAUA